GUUCCUCAAACAAGGACUUUAAAAAUUAUUCUACAUCUUCAAAAAUAACUAAGGGCUUUUCCCGAAACAUGUCACGCCCAAUAAUCGGAGGGUUUGUGCUGCGGUGCGGUGAACUUUAGACUGUCGUCACGCCAAGGAGGACGGAGUAGAUUCGUUUGAGGGAGCAAGUGGCUGCAGCCCGGAGAAGCAUCGUAACCAAAUUGUAGCAGCGCGAGCUCUGAGUCUCUGUUGCCAGUUUUAAUGAUGGAUGGCCAUGCGAACAGUACCAAUGGACUGAUCGAAGGCCAUGUGGAACUGGACGACAACAUCAACUUCUGGGCAUCAUUUGGCGUAGGCCCACAUGUUGUCGUGGAGCCUGAUCACUCAAUCCAGCACCACGAACAGCAAAUGGAGCAGCACAUGGCAUAUAGUGAGCAUCCUUCUCGCAGGGAGCUCUGUGCUGUGGAAGUUGACCCAAGGAUCGAGCCCUAUGUUGGAAUGGAAUUUGAUUCUGGAGAGGCUGCAAAGACCUUUUACAUUGCCUAUGCUGGGAAAGUAGGAUUCUCAGUUCGAAUUGCACGGUCUCGCAGAUCAAAAUGCAAUGAAUCUGUCAUAAUGCUUCGCUUUGUCUGCUCAAAAGAAGGGUUCAGCAGGGAGAAGCGCAUAAUUGCAGGAAAGAAGACAAGGAAGAGGGCGGCAUCCAUAAGGGAGGGUUGCAAAGCAAUGCUUGAGGUGAUUCGUAGAGGUGAUGAGAAAUGGGUGGUGACCAAGCUUGUCAAGGAGCAUAAUCAUGAAGUGGGAAUGCCAAGUAAGGUGCAUUACAUUGCCACAGAAGGGGAUGCCGAGUUGCUUCCAUUUGUUGGGAUGGAGUUUGAAUCUCUUGAGAUGGCAAAAACAUUCUAUUAUGCAUAUGCCAGUCGUGUCGGAUUUGAAGCUCGUGUAAGGCAGUCUCGCCGUUCGUUGCAUGAUGAAUCACUCAAGAUGCUGAAACUAGUCUGUUCAAAGCAUCGAUAUCACUCCGGAAGAGAUGAAAAUGGUGAUGAUGGAAGAAAGGGGUCAAAUCAGGAUCCAUCAAAAGAAGGUUGCAAUGCAUUGUUUGAGAUAGUUCGCAAAGAAGCUGAUGUUUGGAUGGUUUCCAAGCUUGAGUUAGAACAUACGCAUGAGCUGACACCAUCUCCACCUAGCAAGGUGCGGUGUGUUCGUUCCCAGGGAGAGAUACUUGUUAUUGCCAAAAACUUCUCUGAUACCCGCAAUCUUCUCUUGAAUGGUCAAGACUCACUGAAUUUUCCUCGGGAAAUUCGGUACAAUGACUUGGGGCCAGAGGAUGCCAAUAAUCUACUUGAAUAUUUCAAGAAAACCCAAACGGAUAAUCCUGCAUUUUUAUAUGCCGUGCAGUAUGAGCAGAAUAACUGUAUGACCAAUAUUUUCUGGGCAGAUGCUAAAGCUCGGAUGGCAUACCACUACUUUGGUGAUGCUGUAACUUUAGAUAUGACCUACAAGAAUGAUAAAGAUUUCAUUCCUCUUGUUCUGUUUACUGGUGUUAAUCAUCACCUGCAACCUGUAGUUUUUGGAUCUGCUUUUCUUGUGGAUGAAUCAGAGACCUCAUUUUUAUGGCUGUUUGAGACAUGGAUUGCGGCAAUGUUUUCCCGCCCUCCUGUCUCAUUGAUUACCAGUCUGAAUUGGGCCAUUGACACUGUAGUUGCAAAGGUCUUUCCAGGCACUAGGCAUUUUUUCUGCAGAAAGCACGUUGUAAGUACAAUUCUGGUUGAACUAUCUGAUUUAUGCUCCGCGCAUCCUGUGUUUGAGGAAGAACUAACCAGAUGCAUUGAUGAGUCCAGAACAAGUGAGUCGUUCGAAGCUUGCUGGAACGCCAUACUUGUAAAGUAUGAUUUGAAUGAUAAUGUAUAUCUGCAUUCUUUGUACAGUAUUCGUAAUAAGUGGGUUCCCUUGUAUUUGAGAGAUACAUUCUGUGUACAAAUCUCUCCAUUGCAGAGAUCACAAACUUUUGACAAGGUUAUUGAAAAGUAUUGCACCUCCAAGACUCAAUUACGAUUAGCAGUCAGGCAACUUGGACUGGCACUUUCAAGUAACUGCGAAAAAGAGGCACAGGCAGAUUAUAUUACCAUGUUUGACAAACCAUUUCUCAGGACUGCUUCUCCCAUGGAAAAACAAGCAGCUAAUAUCUAUACGAGGACAGUAUUUGACAGGUUUCAGGAGGAAUUUGUUGAAUCUUUGGGUUACCAUGUUGACAAAGUAGAGGAUGGGAUGCCUUGCAAGUAUCAAGUAUCAAGAAAUGAGGACGCCGAGGGCACUUACACUGUCGUGGUUAAUGUUUCUGAAAAUAAAGCGCAUUGUAGUUGUUGUAUGUUUGAAGCAUCAGGAAUUUUGUGUCGGCAUGCGUUGAAAGUCUUUAUAAUAGUUGGUAUACGAACGCUUCCGAAAGAAUACAUUUUGAAGCGAUGGACAAAAUAUGCCAAGGGCUCUUCUCUGUCUGAAGAAUUUGGUCUUGACAUUCGAGCCAAUUGUGAAGAACAUUCAGUUGCUAGGUAUAAUGAUCUCUGUCAUGAUGCUAUCAGAUGUGCUAAAGAAGGAGCAACAUCUGCAGAAUUCUAUAGUAUAGCUAAGGAAGCUUUCCAGAAAGCUAUUGCUGAAAUUAUAUCAGCAAAGCAGAAGAGGGGAGAACAAACUCUACAGAGUUUCAAAAUAGCCCAGAAGAAAAAUCUAAAGAGACCUGGCAAAACAACAACACCGAGGAAAGAUUCUUCCAGCAAGACAUUUAAGAGGACAACAGUACCAGAAGAAAAUGAUUACAUGUAACAAUCUCUGAAGUAUCUUCUUGUUGUAUAGAGCUAUUGUUAUCUGGAUCCCGAAUUAAGCACAUAAAGCCCUAAAAUUUUGAUGGGUUGCAACUUUAGUUUAAAUCUGAAACUUGAUGCGAUCUGUAGAACAAACUUCUGUAAAAAUGUUUAAAAUGUUAAGGUAGCAAGCACUAGUUUGUCAUCAGUUUAAUCUCUUUGAGGAAGAAUGGAGGCUUAACCUUUUGAUUUCUUGUACAAAUGUAAUCUCUCUCUCUCUUUUUGUCUGUUUAAAUAAAUAUAGUUGCAUCUCAGCAUAAA